UCUUAACAGCUUUGAUAGUUACACAUGAAUAGUCCGCGUUGGUGCCACUGACCGUGUAAAAAGGCUGCAUGCUGUAACUUUGAUAAUGACCAAUAACAACGUUAAUUAACAAUAAGCCUGCAACAGCUGUGUCACUCUCAAAAUAAUAGGCCUACACAUUUAUCUGGGACCAUGCCGGAACACCCAAGGGUACGCAGUCCAGAACAUAACAGAAGCAAGGUGUCCAAGGAUGAAUUCCCAACUUAUUAUGCAACUCCACUAUAAAACACACGGCACGCAACAAGUCAGUCUCAUCCAGGAGCCAAGAGGCGAGAGAGGAGAGAAGCACAGAGAACACAAGCGCUGUAACUAGAGCUCUUCUUUCCACUCGUUGCGCAGAGAAUUUAAGCAAAGAAAUGGACUUCAUCCUGCCACCCACUAUGCCAGCUGGUGGUAUCCCCUGGGAGAAGGUUUUACCACCUCUUAUUCCACGGCUCUACGGGACUUAUGGACAAUAUAAUUGGUCCCCAAAAUUAAUCAUUCCAGAGACUGAUAAUGCCAGCUCUGCAGAGGUGACCUGUGAUGACAGCGGAUUUACAGUUCAAGUUGAUGUGAAACAUUUCAACCCAGAGGACCUGAUCGUCAAAGUCAUAGGAGACUUUGUAGAAGUGCAAGGAAAGCAUGAAGAGAGAAAGGACGGUCCUGGAUUUACAACACGGCAGUUUAACCGUCGCUACCGCAUUCCAAAAGGAGUGGACACCAUGGCUUUGGAGUCGGCGGUCUCUCCAGAUGGGAUCCUUAUCAUAUCUGCACCUAUGCUGCACACUCAGAGCUACACACCUCUUACUUAAAUUGCACUAACAGGCGACACUAAAACCUCUGCCAUCCUUACCGUACACAAAAAUAAAUCAGCGGAAGCCUUUAUGGUCACUGACAAAAACGGCAAUAACUUCAAGCUUCUGCACUCCCAGCAGAACUUGGUAUAUGCCAAAACACACAUCUGCUCUGUUCCUGGCACGGUUCUAAUGUUCCCUGCACUCCAAGGUUUGUAUAUACUGCUCUGCUAGUACUCAAUGUUACAUAAUGUUUCAAGUAACCACUCUACUUUGUAAAUAUUCUCUGUUAGCAUUUCCAACUCCUGCUUUUUGUGUGCAACUUUUGUACAUGCACAGUGUUGUGAAUAAUAAUCCACUGAGACACAUCUCCAACCUUUAUUGUAGAAAAAUGUCCUCAAAAAUAUAAAUUAACUUUAUUUCUUUAUAAAAUAAAAAAAUAAAUAAAUGUGA